UUUGGCACUGGUGCAGUUGUGCCUUUGCACGAUUUCGAAUAUUGAACAGAGAAGCUUGUUGCUUCGAUCCUCGGUUUUCUUAUUUACCAAAAGUUAGCUUUCUCUAGAUCAUCAAUUACUUAGCCCCUCUAGGGUUUUCUUUUUUGCUUUUUCGCUUUGAUUUCAUCGAUAUUUUUUUAUCACAUUGCCUCGUCCCAUUAUAAAACUGUGUUUUUGUUUCAAGUUUGGGCUUGAUCAACGUUUGCGGAUCUUGGUUUAGUAGUGCAGAUUUUGUUAGUAAAAAGUUCUCAUUAAUUAGCACAAUCUUUUUUUUUUUUUAGUGUGGGAUUAAUAGUUUGAAUUUAGAAGCUGGUGAGACAGGUCUGAAUGUGGGUUUCUUGUGAAUUGGCGAUUUCCAGAUUUAAAAUUUAACAGCUUAGGGUAAAGUUUGUGCAUUUGGAUGCUGGAAUAUUGGUGGAUAUGUACAUAGUUACUGAGUUGAAAUACCUUUUGAUGUGGAGGUUUUGUUCUUUCUGUUGGGAGCUAGAUUGUCUGUAGAAUGUGAGAAGAUAUACUUUGAAAAAUGGAUGAUGGAGAUAUUGAAAUGUGGUUUCCUAUUUGGAACAACUGGAGUUCAACUGAAACGACUGAGUCUCGUCUCUUUAUUGUCUCCUGUUUUGUUGCUGCCUUAAUUGGUAUAUUGACAAUAGCUUUCACAGCCUUUCAAUGGAGAAGAAACAUUAAUUUAAGUUGGACGAAAGCCAUAGCCAGUUCAAAGAAGAACCCAAAGACAAGGCACAAAGUUCCAUUAGCUCCACAUAGUUGGGUUCCAGAAUCUGUAUCUCGUGGGAAGAAUUUAAAUUGUUGUGUUUGCUUAAAGUCCAUGUCCCCUUCUCAAACGCUUGGGCCUAUACGGGCUUCAGACAAUUUUAUUCACCGCUGCAAUGUUUGUGGUGCAGCUGCCCACUUGAGUUGCUCUUCAAGUGCCCACAAGGAUUGCAAGUGUGUGUCUAUGAUUGACUUGGAACAUGUGAUGCAUCAGUGGGCAGUUCGAUGGACAGAAAUUACAGAUCAACCAAAUGAAGCUUCCUUCUGUAGUGACUGCGAAGAUCCAUGUAGUGGAUCUUUUCUUGUUGGAUCCCCUAUAUGGUGCUGCUUCUGGUGUCAACGAGUACUUCAUGUUGAUUGCCACAAUAAUAUUUCUAAUGAAACUGGAGAUGCUUGUGAUUUAGGUCCAUUCAGAAGGUUGAUUCUAUCACCACUUUAUGUUAAGGAAGUGAACCAUACGUCAGCAGCUGGAUUUUUAAGCUCAAUCACACAUGGAGCCAAUGAAGCUAUAUCAUCAGUGCGUGCAAGUAUUAGGAGUCAGAGCAAGAGAUACAAGCAUGGUAGUGAAUCUUCUGUUGACACAGUUGAUAGUGGUAAUACCUGUGAUCCAUCUACGGAAAGAACAGCUGAUGCUCAUGGAAGAGUUAAUAGCUCCCCUGGACCAGAGGAAAACAGUAAUGGUAUCAUGAAUAUGGUGGUUUCUCCACGAGAGGGUGAGUUAGAUCAGACGAUGGAAUCAAAGCCCAUUUUUAAGAGAAGCGGUUCAAAUAAUCGGAAGGACGAAUCUCAAACAUUAAGGAUGAAACAGAAAUUUGAGUUAAUUGAUUUGCCCCCUGAUGGAAGACCAUUGUUAGUUUUCAUCAACAAGAAAAGUGGGGCUCAACGUGGAGAUUCUCUCAAGCAACGAUUGAACCUUCUUUUGAAUCCUGUCCAGGUUUUUGAGUUGAGCUCAGUGCAGGGACCAGAAGUGGCUCUUUUUCUAUUCAGGAAGGUGCCUCACUUUAGAGUUCUUGUAUGUGGGGGAGAUGGUACUGUUGGCUGGGUUCUAGAUGCUAUAGACAAGCAGAACUUUGUUUCUCCUCCUCCUGUUGCUAUUCUUCCCGCUGGAACUGGAAAUGAUCUAGCCAGAGUACUUUCCUGGGGAGGUGGCCUGAACUCUGUUGAAAAACGAGGAGGCCUCUGCAGAGUAUUGCAAGACAUAGAAAAUGCUGCAGUUACCAUUCUUGAUCGGUGGAAGGUAUCGAUUCUAAAUCAGCAGGGAAGGCAACUCCAACCUCCAAAAUUUAUGAACAAUUAUCUUGGAAUUGGGUGUGAUGCAAAGGUUGCUCUGGACAUUCACAAUCUGCGGGAGGAGAAUCCUGAUAAAUUUUACAACCAGUUUAUGAAUAAGGUGCUGUAUGCCAGAGAAGGUGCAAAGAGUAUAAUGGACAGGACUUUUCAAGAUUAUCCCUGGCAAGUUAAAGUCGAGGUGGAUGGUGUUGAGGUAGAGGUCCCUGAGGAUGCAGAAGGUGUACUUGUUGCAAACAUUGGAAGCUAUAUGGGAGGUGUAGACCUUUGGCAUAACGAGGAUGAAAAUUAUGAUAAUUUUGAUCUGCAGUCUAUGCAUGAUAAGAUACUUGAGGUUGUGAGCAUAUCUGGAACAUGGCACCUUGGAAAGCUUCAGGUGGGGCUGUCUCGUGCUCAGAGACUUGCACAGGGAAAGUCAAUUAAGAUACAGCUCUGUGCUGCUCUGCCUGUUCAAAUUGAUGGGGAGCCUUGGUUUCAGCAACCUUGCACUGUAGUUAUAUCACACCACGGGCAGGCCUUUAUGCUGAAACAGGCAGUCGAGGCACCCCUUGGUCAUGCAGCAGCUAUAAUUACAGACGUUCUUGAGAAUGCUGAAUCCAGUCAUAUAAUUAAUGCUUCACAGAAGCGAGCCCUUCUUCAAGAAAUGGCGGUAAAGCUGACCUGAACGUUUUGGUUGUAUAGCAUUUUUGAGUAUGUUUUUUUUUUUUUUUUUGUGGCUUUAUAUCAACAUCUCUUGUUUGUCUUUUGGAAUGUCAUACAUAAUCGCUUUAGAAAAAUGAAAACAGUAUAGCUGAAGUAUGUUGUAGUUUUGUAUACAAAAGGGACUCGCUCAAAAGAGUGGAAAUUUUGGCAAUUUUGUGUUGAAAGUGAUUGACAUAAAAAAAUCCUUUCCACUU